UUUGGCAUUCGCGAUGCUGGGGUUCGUGGGACGCGUCGCGCGGACAGGCCGUCGAUGGAGUUCGACCCUCGACGAGACUGCGUACAUUGAGCAGUUGCAGCUAAAGGACAUCAAGAGCAAGGUAUUUUACGACGAGCAAGCCGAGCGCCGCAACUACUUUUACUACGUCGACCUCCAAGGCCAGCUCUUCCUCGAGGACAUGGUGCCCAAGAACAUUGCGACGUCGCUCAAGAGCCCCAAGUUCCUCAAAUUCUUCUUCCACAUGCUGCGGCCGCACGCGGCGACGGACCUGCAAUACGUCACGGCCUUUCUCGAGUACCCGUACCGGUCGCCGUGUGGGCCCGAGAUGAACUACAUCAAGGCCGCCGACACGCCGAUCGUUGUCACGGAGCUCCAGAAACACGAGGCGCAAUGGCUCUUGCGGACCAACGCCGACCCGGAGGCCGACGUGCCGUUCGCGCCGUCGUCGCUCGCGAUUUCGGCUUCCACCGGCCGACUCUACCAUUGGACCGAGUCCAAGUAUGUGCAAGGCUACAGCCUCGUGCGGUCGCAAGUCGCCGUCGACAUUGCCAACUUUAUCUCGUUCCCAGAGUCGCCGGAUGCACCCCACGUAUUCGUCGCACCCUCGGGCGAUACGACGCCAAUCAAAGUCGUGCAAUAAGAUCUCCGACAACACCCUCUGGAUCGAUGCAACAAGAGAGCUUGCCAUCCUAUGGUAUACACUGGAAAUACACUGCAUCGGGCCAUCGUGGCUGGUGCUACAAGAC